AUGGCGAUGAUGAUGACUGGCCGUGUGCUGCUGGUGUGUGCCCUCUGCGUGCUGUGGUGCGGCGCCGGCGGUGUCUACGCGUGGGAUCUUUCGAGUGAUGCUGCGUUGCAUAAAAAGCAUUAUGGAGCAAACGGUACGUACUGCAGGCUCAACAGCAGCCUCUUUUUCUGCAAAGAAAAAGGAGAUGCAAGCAAAGGCGAAGAAACUGUCUCACAGGCGAGUACAGCUCAGAGCGGGACUGGGAGUGGCCAACCGAAUGCCGGUGGUUCUUCUGGGGGGCAGGACCACGGUUCGGAGAAAAAUGGUUCGGAUGAAUUGGAAAAAACAGAAGAAGGUACACAGGCAUCACAACAGCCAAAUGGGAACGUAACAGAAACACCAACAACAGCAACAGUCACCGCUGCUCAAACAAGUGCCAUGAGGACGCCUGACGAGAGUGACGGCAGCCCCGCGGCCUCCCACACCACCUCCCCUCUUCUGCUUUUUCUUGUUGCUUGUGCGGCUGCGGCUGCGGUGGUGGCCGCGUGA